AUGAGAGACUUUGUACCAGGUCCAAAGGAAUUUUCAAUGAAGAACCAGAAAUGCUGGAAGCAUCGACCAAAGGGCCGAAGACAGUAUACGGAACAAGACGUGGAGAAUUCGAUCGAACGCAUGGAGGAAGCAGCUGAGUACAGAAUUACUCAUGCUGAAGCCAUAUCAAAACGCGACGAAUUCGGCUGGGGGCCUGACAACACUCCGGAUGGAAAGCCUCCAGUAUAUCGCCGGGUACCUGUCGACCCGAUGCUCGACGGGAUGAGCCAGAGUACAGAGCGAGGAAUGGAAGGAACGGGGCGUAGGGCGGAAGAACUGGCGCGAACAGUAGAUGAACUUGUGCGAACAGUAGAAGGAAGAGAAAAUCGUCACGACCAUCUUGACGGGAUGCUGAGCGAAAUGGGAACUGUUGGAGAAUCAUCUCAGCAUGGAAGGUUGCCACCUGGUUUUUGGCAUAACGACCAAGAGACACAAUCUGUAGAGAGACUCGGUCGUAUUGACGACUGGGAUAUAAGUCCUGCAGAGGCCCGACAGGGGCGUGUGCGCGAAAGAGAACUCGAGGAACACCACUCGACGAGACCUUGGGAAAGGCCAGAGACACCUCGAGGACGACGCCGCGAUGAAAAGCGCAGGAGACACUCUCCAGAUUCGGGAGACGAACGCCGCGGCAGACGAGGCUGA